AAACCAUGGGAAAGGGGCUCUUCGUUCACCGUUGGUGAAGGUAACUGCCUCCAAUUUUUAAAGUCCUUUUUUGUUUGCGAAGUAAGAACACUUGCUGUAAGAAAUCAAGUUCUUCCCUUCCUCUAUUUGAGGGAGAGCGAUGGUUUCUUCUACCUCUCUGCUUCUGUUCGCUCUCUCGCUAUUGCUGGUUUUCUUCAAUUCUUCCUGUGAAGUAACGAAUUACACAGAGAUUCACCUUGGGGAGCCAGUGCUGGACCUGACGCCAUCUCCUCUUGAUGGAUAUUCAUCUACUCGUGGUGCUAAAGAUAUGGUCUCAUGUGGCCGUGUGAAAGUUUCUGGUAUUCCAAGGUGGAAAAUCAGGAGUUAUGCGAAUUCAGUUCGUGUCACUUUGAUUCCUUCAGUGGUUAUACCUGAAAGUCUGUAUAGCAACAUUGAGGUUUGUUUCCACUGGAAUUCUUCUCUUGGAUUAUGCCAAUGUGUGAAGGAUGAAUGGAGAUCCAUCCAGAAGGGGUUAUGGAGUGCUUCCAUGUCACCAUAUGAUGACAGAUAUGUCGAUGUAAAGUUUAAUGGUGGACUUACAGAUUCCGUUACAGUUACCAUUGAAGAAGAGUUCCAUCAAUGGCGUCUCGUUUUUCUUGCUUUCGGAUUUACUUUACUGCUACUAGCACCAGUGGUCAGCAAUUGGGUGCCUUUCUACUAUAGCAGUUCAAUGGCAAUUGGAGUCUUCCUUGUUAUUUUGAUCCUUCUGUUUCAGGGUAUGAAGUUACUACCAACCAGCAGGAAAAAUGUUCUCUACCUUGCUGUAUAUGGAUCAGUGCUCAGUUUUGGAUCUUUCCUUGUGCACUACUUCUCAAUGAUGGUCAGUUCCAUUCUUGUGAGUUUUGGGCUUAGCCAAGAUAUGCAUAACCCUGUUUCUGUAUUGGUAUUAGUAGGACUUGUCCUUGCAGGAGCAGCACUAGGGUACUGGAUUGUGCGGAAAUUUGUAAUUUCGGAAGAUGGAACUGUUGAUGUUGGUAUAGCUGAGUUUGUGAAGUGGGCAAUGCGCGUUAUGGCAAUGACAUCUGUUUUACUGAGCACACUGGAUACUCCUCUGGCAAUGGUGGCAAUGGCUUCUUCUUGGGCUCUAUCUCUUAUUAUAUCUUCUUUCAAGUGGCAACGAUUGACGAAGCAAUCACAUACUGGGAAUGGGGGCUUGUGGUCAAGAAGGGCGAAACACACGCCUCCAAGUCACAAUCGUGCUGAAUUCCUAAGGAGGUCUGCCAAGAUGGACUCUCAAAGGGCAUUGUGGAAUAGCCCGAAGAGAUCAUUUGCUUGGUCUGAUUCUCCCACUAAAGGUUUGGUUUUAUCACAUCCUGUUAAGGGAUCACCAGCAUGCCAGCAGGACCGGGACUACUAUUCAACCUACCACAGUGUGCCAACCCGUAAGAGGUUCUCAAAGAAGGAAUACGAAGAUUUUACGAGUGAAUCUACUAGGAAAGGCAUUGCCGAGUUGGCAUCCUCGCCGGACUUCACUAAUUGGGUCAUUGAAAAUGCUGGCCGAAUGCAACUCCUUCCAGAUGACAGCUCAGAUGACAGUAUGGAGAGUGGAUUAGGUUCUUCGGAAGAGAAUGUUGCAGAGGGUGGCAGUAGGCUUAACCCUUUCAAUUGGUACUAACCUGAGGAUUAACCAUGUUGGUAGCAUCGAUGACCUGUUCCCUUGGAGGAGAAUGAGAUUAUUAUCAUUGAGGGCUUUCAUGUUGGGCAUAAACUAAUUAUUCCUUUGGUUACCCACUUGAAUAGGGUAAAAUCACUGAUGGUCUCCUCUGAGAUGAUCUGUAAUGUAGCAGUUGUUGCAGUUUAGAAUACUGCCUUUUUAAUUUAUUAGGUGAUGGAUGAUUUGUCAUGUCAAUGUUACUAACAGCCGGCAUCAUCUGGCAAUUUUGUAAAAAAACAAACAGGUCCUAGUGUCACAUGAAAUGAAAGGGUGCUUUCUUGAUA